CAUCUAAAGUGAAAUGCUGGCCCCAUGAAAGUUGCAGAUGCCCUGGCCCCAUUUCUGCAGGCUCCUUCAUUCUGCAGCUUCAGCCCUUGAACAGCGGUGAUGUCAGCCCAGUUGGGAUUGCCUCGCUCAUGUGCUUCCUCCCAUCUUCAUUUUUGAUCGUGUCUCUAUAGCCUGAGGAAUAAUUUUUAAGGAAUCUUGGACAGUUGCCCUUAUUUUCCUUCAGAUGUAUCUGUCUUUAAGCAAAUCCAGUCUACAAACCUCGGACUUAUUCAGAAGCUUAAAUUAGGGAUUUUCUUAAACCUGGAUUUCCCAGUUGACUCGAGAGAACAAAUUUAAAUUUAAAAACAUUUAAAAUUAGUUCAUGGAAAAUCAGCUUAAUUCAACAAAUGAUGAGUUAAAUUGUCUACUAUGCUCCAAGCACUGUUGUGGGAAAUAACAGAGAAGAGCAAGACAAGGCCCUUACCCUCAAGGAACCUUGUCUAGCUGGGAAGAUGAGACAUAUACCUGUGAAAUAGGCAGUGAUUUUAGGAAAGAACUGUUGGCCGGUGACUGGACUUCCACUAUUAUUCUACGCUAUCUGAUAUGAUGGGACCAGGCAGACCAGCUUCAACCUGUGUUCAUCUAACAUCUGGUGUCCAACUAGAUGGGAGGAGUGACCCCGCAGAACUUCAGGCCCAGAACCAGCUGCAGUUUAAUAGGAAUGUUCCUACACAUUCAAGCAACUUGGCAACCCAAUAUUCUUGCCCACAUGCAAUUAGAAUUGAAAAACUGAAGCACUCAUGCAAUGAGUCAUACCAUUGUAAAGAUUUGGAUUUUAGAGAUGGUCCUGACCUAAGCAGUUCUGUUUCAUUUUCUGUCAUAUCAGAAGAGAGACUUAGCUAUGCUGUCCACCUAGCCAAAAGAGAUGUGAAACGAAGACAAUUUGAAGAACAUAUAAAAGAACAUCAUCUCAGAGGUCAGCCCCGAAUCCUUCAGAACUGUGGACAUACUAAGCAUAAAAUAUGUGACCAUGGGGUGGAAAGGAAGGAAUUGAAGAGCCAGGAAGGCUGGCAUUGCAGUCACCAGCCAUCCAAAGUAGAAGUUUCCACCUCAGGUGCCAAAGUAUACCUGUACACGUCUCCUCCAGGGCAGUCAGAUCCGACUGUGCCAAAUUCCCCACUCACCCGUGAUCCAGGACUUCAGUCACAUGCCAGGAUAGGUGACCACAAACGCCUGUGUGAACAUAACAGCCUGCUAGAAGUGCAGCGACUCCAGAAAGAAUUGAGCAGCUGUAUCCAUAAAAUUGAAGAAGUAACUAAAAAAGACAGAAUGUUAGAAGCUCUGGAUCCCGAUGAAGAGCGGCGAAUCCGUGUCAGGAGGCAGGAGCAGGCUGUUCGUGGUGCCCGAACGCUCUACGUCCUCCAGCAGCAGGUUAAAGAAAUCCAGGAAGAAUUGGAUAAGUUGAGUCCACAUAAAAUUAAACACACUAAGAAGUCAUGGGCGAUGUCUAGGCUGGCAGCUGCCCAUCGAGGAGCCAUUCGGGCCUUACAGAUGUUUGUUACUCAGUUUACUGACCGAGGGGAGUACCCAGUUCCCACUCGGUGUCGGGAACUGGGCAGUCUUAUUCGCCAGCUUUCACUCUGUUCUGCCAAGCUGGAUGCUGAUUCUUCUGUCCCAGAUGUGGUUAUAGAUAUCUUGCAACAAAUUGAGGCUUUGGAAUCCCUCCUGGAAAAGAAACUGUUGCCAAAAAAGGUCAAGCAAUGUUUCACUGACGUUCAGAGCAGAUUUCCUAUUGGCAGCCAAAGGUCCCUAGAGAGAUGGAGACCAAUGUCACCAAGGAGGGAGAGGAGAGCCUUUGUAGCAAAGGAGGUACUGCCACAGGAAGCAACACGGCCUUCACUGGCAAAGAAGUUUCUUGCUGAUAAGUAUCAACCUGAUAAAGAGCUUCCACUGACUCGGAGGUUGGAGAAUGAGCUUGAUGUAUUAGAUGCGGAUAUCCCUCAGGAAGAAGCUCCAUCUGUUCUAGACCAACCUGCAAGCUCCAGGGAAGAAUCAUUAGCCCCGGCAAACACAAAAGCAGUGGAAAAGAAUCCUAGGACUGAGAAUGUGCCAUUGAGGAAGAAAGAGGCUCUGGCACCAGCAAGACUACAGCAGAGACUCCACAAAGCUGAAAAAAGUAGACCAACCCAGAUUCAUAGCAAAAGAAGGUUGCAAAGGACAACGGUCUCAUCCAGAUUGAAAAUUAACCAACAGCCUGUGAAAGACAACAGGGCUCCUUGGAUACCUCCAAACCCCACCUCCCCACAGGUGUCUCCUAAAUGUGCUGCAUGGCAAAAGGUGAAAUCUAGCUCCAAAGAUGCCACAAAAGAACAGUCUCUCCAGCGAGAAGAUAAUCAAGAGCAAAGCCAGUUCAGAGGUGCUGUUGAGCACGAAGCUGCUAGACUCGCUUGGCUUGAGGCUGAAACCUCUAAAAGAUUGAAGGAACUAGAAGACUUAAAAGCUGAAGAAAUGGACAGAAUGCAAAAGCAGAGGCUUGAUUGGCUUGGUGCUGAAACUUCCAGAAGAACAAAGGAAUUGAAUGAACUCAAAGCUGAAGAAAUGGGUAGACUUCAAAAAUUGAGUGUUUCUGCUACACAGUUAGCAGACAAGGUACAGAAGGCAGUUCUGGAGCAUUUGGAGCCUCUCCUGGCCAAGGCCCAGAGAGUCAAUUCUUCUCUGGAAGCAGAUACUCGUUUGAAGGAUCGGCCAUCGGUAAACACAGUAACAGCCCAGCCUACAGAGGAGGCUGUAGAUGUUCACUGUGGACCCAACAGCAUUGGUCAGCUGAAUGAUUCUUUGGAAGACACCCCUCACAAACUCUGGCCUAUGAUUCACUCUAAGAUCUUGGAGUCUGAAGCCUUAGCCGCCUUGGGGGAUGGCAAGGGCAGCCCGUAUCUGGAGACCAUGAUGCUCCGCGUGGAGGAAAUGGAAAAAUACCAGGAGACAGUUCGCCAAAGAUACAAUAAAAUUGCAUAUACCGAUCCUCAUCUUUGGAUACAGGAAGGAAAAAAUGACCACAAAGUCCCAGCAGUAAGUGAAAGGCCUCUUUCUCCUCAUCCCAUCAGGAUCACGACCACAGCAGCUUGCAAGGACCCAGAUGUGAACAUUGUGUUAGAAAGGCCCCGGAAUGGCAAUUCCCUGAAUGAAAGUGUGGAAACAGAGGAGAGAUCGGAGAAAAGAGAGGCUCCCCUUCUCUCCCUUUCAGAAGAUUCUCCACGGAAAGCGGGCCAAGCUGCCCUGUCUGUCCCUCCAGGCAUGCUGCGCAGCAUCGGCGACUACUGCAGGUGCUUCGAGCAGCACCUGCGGUUGAUGUCGCAUGAGGCCGUGGGCUCUUUUAGCCCGUGGCUUAUGGCAGAAAGCUUUUCAGAAGAGCUUGUAGAUGAAGCUCUGGGGGCCGUGGCUGCUGAACUUCAGGAUAUGUGUGAAGAUUACGCAGAAGCUGUGUUCACCUCAGAAUUCCUAGAGGCGGCUGCCUAAAGACUGCAGGGCACGACCCCUCGUGCCACACUGGAGAAGAGACAGCGCCGCCCUCUGUUUUAGGCCACAGGAAGUCCUCAUCCUCGGCUGCCCAUCCAGGCCCUGAAGGUGCUGCCCAGUAAAGGCAGGAAAUGCCAGCGAGGGCACCCUCACUUUGCAUCUUCUCGUUAUAGUAAUGGUUCUGGCCGUUUAUGAUGGAAUGUGUUAUAUGUGUCAGUGCCUAGGAAAUGUGGAUUGAUUAUGACAAUAUAAUAUUUUCUGAAUUAUAAUUUUCCUCUUGAAAUAAUAUGUUCAUUCCACUGACUCAGCUUGGUGACCUGAAUGUUUUGAAAGGUAGUAUGUUUCACCCAGGGAUUCAGGUUGCUAUUUCGCCUGUGGGUGGCGUUGAUGCCAGCAGAAGCACGGCUACUCUCUAGUCCCGUCGCCAGCUCGUGUUUCCAUCUUUGGCAGCUUCCUGUCAGGACACCUGUCCCUGCUGGGUUACAGACUUGCAUGGGGCACAGAGUUUAGUUAUGCAGCCAAACCUCUGAUCUGUUGUAGCUUAUUAAACAUCAGAACCCAUCAGUUACCAGGGCACACCUAACACAUUGCUGGAAUUUUCAAUUCCCAGGUACUUUCUUACAUUUUUUGUUCUUCAAAGUCUUUCAUUGCUGUGGGUUGAUGUAUUCUGAUAUACUAACCUUUGUCUGAACUCAGGGAGCUUUGGGGACCUCAGGAGAGGCCUCCUGUGCUUGGAGAAAGGAGCAAAGCCCACUUCCACCUUUGGGGAGGGCAGCAAUUUCAUUUCUGGAUGGUGUGAAGACCUCUGGGUCUCCCCUGAGAAGGGAAGGAACUGCAGAACCACAUAGCUUGGUCCUCGGUUGUCUUAAAAGUCAUAUUUUACCAAAAGAAAAGCCUUUUUUUUUUCCUUCAGAAAUUCUGAAUUCAGAAAAGGAAAGGAAUGUACAUAAAAAAUAAGGGUACUGCCUGGAGAAGCUUCUCUCAGUUCUUUGCCUGAGGCUUGGUGAGACAAAUGUGAAGAACGCGUGACGGGGACAUACCCGUGGAAUAAUGUGAAUCUUUUUAUAAUGUUCAUGUUAUCAUCUGGGAUUUUUCUCAGAAAACAAGUAUUUCAGGUGAUAAUUUAAGAUGCUUGAUCACACUUAUUUGUGCAAAAUUGAUUUUCGUUUGAUGUUAAUGGUUUCCUGCUUAAUUUUAUAUAACCUCAGAAUAAAAGGCUUCAAGGGAAAGCAAAAGUCUUUAAUUGAAGGAGUUACAUAUAUACACUUGAUAGGAAUGUCUGUUAUUGAUGGCUUAAGGUAAUUUGUGUGGCAGUUUUUACUGUGGUGAUUUUUAAAAAUAAACUCAGUAUUUUAAAGUA